GCUCAGCGACGCGGAGACGAGCAAUCAUCGAGAUGAUCCUCGUUGUCCUGUGGAUCCUCGCGCUGUCACUCGGCAAUGACGUAAUCGCGUCAUUUCGCGUCGACGACGUUAUCGUGAGGUUUAUCGUCAACGCGACGCCCACUCUGUUCCCACCAUCGAGAGUAUCGCUACAACUGUGCAUCAGCCAUGAUAUCACGACCAAAUUGUCAAGAAUAUUGUCGAGCAACUAUUUAUCGCAUAACAUUCGUAACUUCUACGAGGAAUUUGACCCAAAGAUGUACAAUAAUUUGGAACAUCAAAAUUUGUACGUAUUGAAUUUGGAUUGCGAUUACGCUGUUAAUAUUUUACAACAGGCACAUUCGAAAAGAAUGUUCAUCGCUCCGAUGAAGUGGCUGCUUUUUCAAGAUCAAAAAACGGUGAUUGACAACGACAAUAACGCCAAUUUAACUUCUACAUAUGACAAUUCUAUAUUGGAAAUCUUCGAAGAUUUGGCGAUCUAUCCUGAUAGCGAUGUAAUCCUGGCGCGAAGAUUCGAUGGGGACUUUCUCGAAUUAUUAUCCGCAUACAGACCAAGUCCACAGCGAGGUGUAAUGUGGGAAAAUCGUGGAAAUUGGACGAUUGAGAACGGUCUACGAAUGAGCACAAUCGAUGUGGCAUCAGCAAGAAGAAGAAAUCUUCAACAGACGGCUCUUAAAUCUUGUCUCGUGAUGACGGAUCCCAAUACGAUCAAUCAUUUGACCGACUUCAAGGAUAAAGCCAUAGAUCCUGUCACAAAGGUUACUUAUCCUUGGAUACUGCAUUUAGUGAAACGAAUGAAUGCAACGAUAAGUUUUGAAGUCACCAAUAGUUGGGGAUAUCGCGCCGAGAAUGGCUCCUGGAGCGGAAUGAUCGGGAUGUUGGAACGGCGCGAGAUCGAUAUCGGCGGCACCACUACAUUUCUCGUGUCGGAACGUAUCGAUGUUGUGCAAUACAUCCAAUUGUAUACACAAACGUGCGGGCGCUUCGUAUUUCGGCGACCUUUACUGUCGACCGUGAGCAACAUAUUUACCUUGCCCUUUCAACGAAAUGUUUGGGUAGCGAUCGCAGUGUUUCUUAUUUUGGUCUUCUGUUUGCUCUACUUAUCCAUCAAAUGGGAAUAUUAUCGUGAUGGGAUGACAAAAUCGGUAAUCCAUUGGAAUCAAUUAAAUCCAAACAAGCCAACGAUCAGCGAUAAUCUUCUCAUUCUUUUAGGUGCAUUUGCUCAGCAAGGAUAUUCGUACGAGCCGUACAGAGUUUCGUCUCGAAUAGUUACUCUUAUGUUACUGCUAACCUCGCUGAGUCUCUAUGCGGCUUAUACAGCGAAUAUCGUGGGUUUGCUGCAGUCUACCACGGAUUCUAUCAAAACUCUUCCGGAUCUUCUAAAUAGUCCUUUAAAGCUGGGCGCGACGGAUAUAGUACAUAACAGAUAUUAUUUCAAGUCCUUUCGAGAUCCCGUUAGGAAGGCAAUCCUGGAACGGCGAAUUGAGCCGAAAGGACGCAAAUCUAACUGGAUGUCCAUAGAGGAGGGUGUACGUCGCAUAAGAAACAAACUCUUCGCAUUCCACGGUGAGAUUGGUGCGAUUUACCAACUGAUGCAAGACACGUAUUUGGAGGAGGAGAAGUGCGGUUUGACCGAGAUCGAUUUCCUAAAUGUCUUAUAUCCGCUUCUCGUGAUCCAAAAGCAAUCACCUUACUCGGAGAUAAUAAAAACUGGAGCUCUAAGAUUACGAGAAUAUGGACUCAAAUAUCGCGAGGAGUAUCGCUUGUACACGAAAAAACCAGUGUGCACGAGUCAGACCAGCUUUAUCACUAUCGGAUUCACAGAAUGUCGCUUCGCGCUGGUCAUAAUGGGCUACGGAAUACUUUUCUCAGUAAUCGUAUUGGCGUUCGAGUUAUUGUGGCAUAAGAAGCAAACUGUGCACGCGAUAAAAGAAAUGUCAAACGUAGGAAUCAACGUUGUAGAAUGAUAAAUGCCUACAGAAAUGUAUAUUAAUCUGAAGGAAAUUAAAUGACUUCUGACUUUCUUAAGAGUUUUGCUGCACUAAAUGUCUAU